CCCCGCCAUGUUCCGGGCCCUGCUGCCCGCCCGCCGCCUGCUGCCCGCCCGCCGCCCGCCGCUCCCCCGCCGCAACCUGGCGGCGCGGGCGGCGGCGGGGCAAGGUCUGCCGCUGGGACGGCGUUUGGCGGUGGUGGCGGCAGCGGGGUCGGCGGCGGCGGCGGCGUGGCUGUACCUGCGGGAGGAGAAGGGGCGUCGGCAGCAGGCGCGGCGGCGGGCGGAGCUGCGGGCGUUGGCGCUGGGCCAGGGCGACUUCCGGCUGCUGGACCAGGAGGGUCGUCCGCGGCGGAAGGCCGACUUCCGCGGGCAGUGGGUGCUGCUCUACUUCGGCUUCACCCACUGCCCCGACAUCUGCCCCGAGGAGCUGGAAAAGCUGAGCCGGGCCGUGGAGCUGCUGGAGCGGGAGCCGGGCCUUCCUCCCCUCCAGCCCCUCUUCAUCACCGUUGACCCCCAACGCGACGACGUGGCGGCCGUGAGGCGUUACGUCCGGGAUUUUCACCCCCGGCUCCUGGGGUUGACCGGCAGCCCUGAGGAGGUGCGGGCGGCCGCCGACGCCUACCGCGUCUACGCCAGCGCCGGCCCCGAGGACGAGGACGGCGACUACAUCGUGGACCACACCGUCCUCAUCUACCUGCUGGGGCCCGACGGGCUCUUCCUCGACUACUACGGACGCAGCAAGACGGACGCCCAGAUCGCCCAGAGCGUCCGCCGGCACAUGGAGACCUACGAGCCCCUCCUCGACUGAGGACAAUAAAUACGCCUGCGCCCCCAAAA